AUGGUUGGCCACCUUGACUCGCAACAGGAACGAGAACGAGGCAAAGCCUCGAGCAACCGAGACCGGGCAAAUCGCAAGGAAAGGCUAGGCGACAGACGAGAGGCGAGUGAGAUCGGGGAGCAACAGCCCAACCAGCCCCUAUUACACCCUUACGAGCAUAGCAAGGACGGGGCCUUGCAAGAACGAGCAAGCAACAACCUAAACCUCAAGGAGCGAGCAUAG